UGACGCGAUAUCCGCUGACGUCACAGAAGCAAGAUGGCGGCGGGCGGCAGCGGCGAAGAAGCCUUUAAUACCUUUUACACAGAGGUGAAGCAGAUCGAGAAGAGAGACUCGGUCCUCACCUCUAAACAGCAGAUCGAGAGGUUACUGAGACCCGGAGCUUCAUACUUCAAUCUCAACCCGUUUGAGGUGCUUCAGAUCGACCCCGAGGCCACAGACGAGGAGCUGAAGAAACGCUUCCGACAGUUGUCUAUCCUGGUGCACCCGGAUAAGAACCAGGAUAAUGUGGAUCGAGCUCAGCUGGCGUUUGAAGCGGUGGAUAAGGCCUAUAAGAUGCUGCUGGAACCCGAUCAGAAGAAGAAAGCGCUAGACGUGGUCCACGCGGGGAAGGAGUACGUGGAGCACAUGAUGAGCCAGAAGAAGAAGCAGCUGAAGAAGGACGGCAAGCCCAUCGAUGUGGAGGAAGACGACCCGGAAAUGUUCAGACAGGCCGUUUAUAAACAGACCAUGAAACUCUUCGCUGAGCUGGAGAUCAAGAGGAAGGAGAGAGAAGCAAAAGACAUGCAUGAACGGAAGAGACAGCGAGAAGAAGAGAUCGAGACGCAGGAGAAAGCCAAGCGAGAGCGAGAGUGGCAGAAGAACUUCGAGGAGACGCGUGACGGCCGAGUGGACAGCUGGAGGAACUUCCAGGCCAAAGGAAAGACUAAGAAAGAGAAGAAGAACCGAACGUUCCUGAAGCCGCCGAAGGUGAAGAUGGAGCAGCGCGAGUGACGAUCACAUGACCUCCUGUACAUAUCCCACCCGGAGGAGCUGCGCUUGCAUCGUCUUCAUGUAGGACAUAGAGACAAACAUCCACAGUUCUUCUUCUUUUAUUCCUGACAUGCUGUUUUUCUUCUACAAAUAAACAUUUGUUUGUAGAUAUUUUGUUGUAGUUUUUAUAAUGUAAACAAUUAAAACAUUGUUUUUGUCCGA